AUGCCUAAAGAAUCACCGCCGCAGCUUCCGCAGCCGGAGCCAGUUUCGCCCGCAGCUUCCUCUACAAGGGUGCUGGUCACCGACACGCACCUGCCAGCCAGACAAGAAUGCAUCGCGCCUAUAUCUCCUAUACAGCGAAAUGAAGUCCAACCGCAAGAUGCUGAUGCACAUCAACCCGAGCUCCCUACUCAGCCAGGCGACAAUCCUUCGGCAGCUGCCGAGCUGCAAUUAGUUCGCACAAUUUCCAAUCCAUUACAGUGGCUCGUCUCCCCGAGACUCCCGUCGAACCCGGCUCUCCUGCGCCAGGUCGUCGAGCAAUACUUUGGCAAUGUGCAUCCUCUUCGUUGCUUUGCAUUCGUCCACAAGCCUUCCUUCAUGCGGCAGCUCGACCAGGGCUUUGCCGUCGAGAACACGGACGAAAAUGCCCUGCUGCACAUCAUAUGUGCCCACGGUGCAAACCAAAACACCCAGCCACUACCCACCGACUUCUUGCGUUCCGCUGGCAACGAAUGGGCAAAGGUUGCUGAGCAGCUGAUCCUGACGAAUUACGGCAAAAUCACAAUAUCCAAUUUGAUGGCCGCCGUACUCCUGUAUGACUACCAGUUCCGUCUUGGCAACUACCCCCAGGCCUUGAUGCUGAGUGGGCUCACCACUCGCAUGGCCCAUGGGCUCCAGCUCAACCUCGAGUAUACCGUAGAACCAGGUGAAGACACACCAUCCACUACGUAUCUGGAGGCGAGACGUCGGGUUUUCUGGGCUUGUUUCAUUCUUGACGUGUGGGCUGGUUCAGGAGUCGACCAAUUGACCCUUCUCCAUGAGAGCGAUAUCAAGAUUCAGUUGCCCUGCAACGAACGGAACUUCUUGCUGCAGCUUCCAUCGGUCACCAAGAAGCUCGGAGUCCGCUACAAGCCUCAGCCAGAAGAAGAUGUGGGUAUGGCGACGUGCUAUGUUCGCCUGGUAUCUCUCUGGAAACGCGUGGCGCGAUUUGUAAAACGACUGGACACGGCCCAGCCUCCCUGGCUCCCACAUUCGGAGUUCUCGCAGCUGCGGGCAGACCUCCAAGGAUGGCGCCUUCAGCUUCCUUCUUGUCUAGAAUUCUCGCCCGAGAACAUUUAUAUCCGGCUCGAGUCGUCCCAGUUCGGCGCCCUCGCUCUCCUUCACUGCACAUACCACCAUACUAUGCUUGAUCUCUACCGGAUCUUCCUGCCGGAGCUGUUUCGGCUCGGGAAUGCCGUGACGUUUCCGCCAGAGCAGCACCGCUUCCUCCAAAGCAUGCAAUUAGAGGGCCAAGGACAUGCUCAGAGUAUAGCAAUUGUCUUGGCCGAGACGGCACGACGAGGAGCUCGCUUCCUUGCGGACUCGAUGCUACACACGUUUGCAUACAACAGCAAUCGGUCCAUGCUCUACUAUAUCGCUCGGGUGCUCGACCUAAGCAGUCCAAAUGCCAUUGAAUUGGUCAAGGAGACAAUAGAGUAUGUGCAGAGCAACAACAAAGUGUUGAAAGUGAUGUCUGCCAUGAUCCCACUUGCUGAACAGCUGCACAUCACUGCUGAGCGAUGGCUCCAUAAAGUACGGACGAGCUUUGUUCAUGCAGAUGCUACAGCCCACAUUGAUCCCGCCGACCCAUCCGACCCACAAGCCGUGCUGAUACCCAACACUCCCGACCAUCUCUUGAACCCUCUCUCGCUAUAUCGCCUUGCGAGGAAGACCAUCAGCGAGAAGCACUCGUCGGAGCACCUUGGCGGACCGCCACGAUCGAGCGAUGCAGGCUCGUCGAUGGGAGGUACACCUCGCAGUGUGCCGGAACAGAUGACGAGGCAGCAGACCCACCAUGGAACGGUAUCCUGGUCGUCUAGCGUACAACAGGAGCCCGCCGGGCAGACUCAUUUUGCGGCCAACGACUCACUAGCAACCAGUUCCGCUGCUUCUGCUCCUGCUCCCAGUGGCGGCGGGCAAGUCCUCUCCGAGCUUGUCAGCGGCCCCGAGUACGCACUUGGGCUCGACGACCUCCAGUACCAUCUCUCCUGGGGCGUGGACUGGCUUGCCGACAUGAACGAGGCCGGCAGGGAGAGUUCUGGGCCGGCAACUUGGCUCGGGUCUGGAGACUGGGGCGAUGCCGGCCAUGAGCAGAGCGGAUUGUCAUGA